AUGGGCCGGCGUCAUCUGACCGGUUCUACAUCUUACCAGCUCCUUCAUUGGACUUGUUUUGAAUAUAUAUCACAUGACUGUGAGCUCGAAGACAGAUUCUUCCCCGGCAAGAUGGCGAAAUUCCAAUUCAUUGCUGUCCAAGACCCCAACGAUAACGACAAGGCCACAAAACGCUUGGCCCGUUCGCAUGCCGUCAAGCAAGCGUUGCAGAAUAAACGGAAACUUCAGAAAGCUUCUAUGCAGAACUUUUGUAUUCAAGAUGGGAAGAACUCAAAAAGGCCUAGACAGAAGGGACAACAUGACGGACCUCAAGCUUCACCUCUCGUCAUACUUGGCGCAGGUACUCUAGAUCCUUUCGACAGCCUUCCAAUCAAAAGCUCAAGAUUACAACAUCUUCUCAACAAUCAUCAAGCCCGACAGGCUCCAGAGCCAGUGUUUAGUAUCUCUCAAGACCUCGACUUUCAGAACUUCCAUUCCGUCUUUCGAGCUGGCCUCGUCGAUCCUGCAUUGAUGAAUGCAGUCAUGCUUUCAUUGGCAUUUGCCGCUAGUGGUGGUGUAUUGAACAAUGAAUCUCUCGUCUAUCGAGGUCAGGCAAUUCAUCAUAUCCGCGAGACAAUGAACAAGACUGUUUCGGAGUCGACUAUCGGUGCCAUAUUACUUCUAGUUGGAGUGGAGGCCAGACUUGGAACAACAUCUCAAGUUCAGCUGCACAUGGGGGCUGUACAGCUUCUACUCAAAACCUGUCAAAGGUCAGGGUUCCGUUUGACCGAAGGAAUAAAACGCGCAGUAUUCUGGCAAGACCUGAACUCGUCUAUUCUGGUAGGCUCGAAGCGCAUUGUUGACCAUAUGAGCUUCACUGAGCUUGAGUGGAAGAGAGACUCUGUUCGGCAUCUUCUACAACUACCACCUGGCCUCCGAAAACGUUCUCAUCUAUUCAGCGACGGGUUCAUCGAAGUGCUAGAGGAUAUUUACGCUCUGGAGCGGAUUCGUGAUGAUUAUCGACCUGCUGACUGUGUAGUUACAGGGGCCAACGUUUCCACCAUGUUACUCUCCGAACUUCAACAGGCGUACGAUGAUCCAGUGUGGGAAGAGCAUGCAGAUCUAUUGUUAUGGCUUGUAUACAUGGGUGGUGCGUUCUCUCCGACAGGACAUGUACGCUCGGGCUACAUUGAGCUCCUGCAAUCCGAGAUAUAUGGCGCGGCGAAGUCAUGGGUGGAAACGUAUGAGCUACUCAGGGACUUUAUUUGGUCAGAUGUUUCGUUCAGGACUGAAGUUCGGAGAUUCUGGGAAGAGGCCUAUCCGGAAGCAGAUAGAAAGUUGUCUAGUAAACCAAGUGGUCUCGCCUGGCAGAAAGUAACUAAAUUACUUCGUUUCAAGGGUUCCAAGGUCUAA